CUUUGCACCCACAUCUGGAAGCCACAUGUCCGCAGCAGCUGUAUAAAAGUCAGCCCAGCCAACCUAGGGUGCCACUUUUUGCCAAAAGCCAGGCAGCAUGGACCUCUCUGUUCUCUCGGUGCUUCUGCCGCUGGUCACUGUGGCCUGGGGACAGUAUGGAGACUACGGGUACCCAUACCAGCAGUACCCCAAUUACGGCGACGAUGGCUGGGUGAAUCUGAACCGGCAGGGCUUCAGCUACCAGUGUCCCCACGGGCAGGUGGUGAGGGCUGUAAGGAGCAUCUUCAGCAAGAAGGAAGGUUCUGACAGACAAUGGAACUAUGACUGCAUGCCCACGCUCCAGACCCUCGGGGAGCCCACAGAGUGCUGGUGGGAGGACAUCAACAGGGCUGGCAUGCAAUGGUACCAGACGUGCUCCAACAAUGGACUGGUGGCGGGCUUCCAGAGCCAGUACUUCGAGUCGGUGCUGGAUCGCGAAUGGCAAUUCUACUGCUGUCGCUACAGCAAGCGGUGCCCGUAUUCCUGCUGGAUGACAAGGGAGUAUCCAGGCCACUAUGGGGAGGAAAUAGACAUGAUUUCCUACAACCAUGAUUACUACAUCCGGGGAGCCGCCACCACUUUCUCGGGAGUGGAAAGGGAUCGCCAGUGGAAGUUCAUAAUGUGCCGGAUGACUGAUUUCGACUGUGAAUUUGCAAGUGUUUAAUUUGCCAGCUACUAAAGCAGGGUGAAAGGAAAGAGGCCAGGAAUCCCGAGGGUGUCACAUAUGUUAACAUCAGUUGGACUCCUAUAGCUGUCUGUACUGCUCUCUUUUUUUCUCUCUGACCUGGGAGCUGCAGUGCCAGCUUCCUGGGCCUUCCUGACUAGUGUCACAUUUACAGUUAAAUCCAGAAUUAAACCAUGCUUUUCACUUUCAACACCCUCCAUAGCAACUGUCCUACGUGACUGGUGACGGCCUCCUUGCACACCACAUGCACAUACAGCACACAAGCUUCCAGCCCAGCUCCUAGAGCACUUACCACAGCCUUGCGACUGCUGCUACUACAAAAUGAGCUUCAAGUUCAGCAUGGUAAACUUAGAGGGAGGGAGGGAGGGAGGGGCACAGCUUAAGCAGGGGUAUAGUGGAGGCUCUCUACAGCUAAGUCUGACCGACUGACACCCAGGGUCCUCACUAAGAGCAUCCCUCAGCCUCAAGGUACAGGCAUCCACCUUCCCUCUGCACGGGACACAUGCAUGCUGCCAAGUCCAAGGGCAGAGCUCUGUGCUCCGGAAGUGAAGGACUGGCAGGUGAAAUAGGGAGGUGGAAAGGUUCGAGGGCAGAGCUGGAAGACUGAGGGCUGGGAGAACGUCCUCAAAUCAAAGAUGAGUGUUAGCAAACCCGGUGAUGAAAAUGGCUGUGGGGCCAGUGGUACCCGUGGGAACCGGUCCCCAGUAAGGUAGAAGUAGUGAAAAGAGAAAUGUCAGAGAACGGGGCUCAGAUUGGAACCCUGGGGAGGUGAGAGUGGCCAGGUGACUUUCAAAAAUUAAAAGUGAGGUUUGAGUCAUCAGCAGCUAGAGGCUUGCCCAGGAGGCCUGGGGAGGCUGGCACGUGCCCGGUAGCCACGGGGCGCCACUGGAAACCUGCCUGGACUCAUCCAGGUUUUGCGGGUGGGAAAGGCUGCCCCGAGGAUCCACCUCCGUCUGUGUGAGCUUGGGGAUGUCCUCUGCAGAGGUGGUCCUAGCUUGCUUCCUCCUGUGAUGCUUCUGACCCCAGCCAUUUAUAUUCUCUCCUUCAUAAAAAAAUAAAAAUAAGAACA